AUGGCUACCCCAUCCCGUGGGUGGGUGUCGUCAGAGACGACAGAUGGCUACCCCAUCCCAUGGGUGUCGUUAGAGACGACAGAUGGCUACCCCAUUCCGUGGGUGUCGUCAGAGACGACAGAUGGCUACCCCAUCCCGUGGGUGUCAUCAGAGACGACAGAUGGCUACACCAUCCCGUGGGUGUCCUCAGAGACAACAGAUGGCUACCCCAUCCCGUGGGUCUCCUCAGAGACGACAGAUGGCUACUCCAUCCCGUGGGUGUCCUCAGAGACGACAGACGGCUACCCCAUCCCGUGGGUCUCCUCAGAGACGACAGAUGGCUACCCCAUCCCGUGGGUGUCCUCAGAGACGACAAAUGGCUACCCCAUCCCGUGGGUGUCGUCAGAGACGACAUAUGGCUACUCCACCCCGUGGGUGUCGUCAGAGACGACAGAUGGCUACCCCAUCCCGUGGGUGUCGUCAGAGACGACAGAUGGCUACCCCAUCUCGUGGGUGUUGUCAGAGACGACAGAUGGCUAUCCCAUCCCGUAG